AUGCCUUGCACCAAAUUCCUGAAGUUGACAGUCCUCUCUUUCUCCUUUGGCAUCUUCGCUCAUCCUGUCGCGGAGCACGGCUUGAUGCGACGCGAUCAGCAACAGCAUCUGGCCUCGACAGAGUCGUACACCCUCGUCAACAGUACCAGUGGUGUACGGCCAUACAGGAAAUACAUGACCACCAACGCAACCUCGCCGAAAUUCGUCAUUGAGCGCAGUGGCCAAGCCAUCGCUCCCGGAUCGCUCUUCUUGACACUAUCUAAUCUUCUGGGAACUGGUGAGAACUGGCAAGGCGCUGUCAUCAUGUCUUCGGAUGGCGAUCUCGUCUGGGCUGGCCCUAAAGGUGCUACAAGCAAUUUUCGUAAGCAGACUUACAACAACAAUCCUGUGAUCACUACCUGGACAGGCGAUGGAUCUGCUGCCGCAGCUGGAGGUGCCUCACACGGCUAUGGUCAGGUUCAGAUCUACAACUUUCAGUACGAAGUCAUUCAGACAGUGUGCCCCACCGCGACGGAUCUCAAUAUCCAGUUCUCCCCUGGCACGACUUCGACCUGUGUCUGCGACGUCCACGAGUCGUAUAUCAAGAAGGGCAAUAUCAUGCUAGUGACCGUCUAUAACCUUACACAGGCCGAUCUGACAUCGGCCGGGGGACCGCAGGACGGGUGGAUCACGAACUCUUUGUUUGUGGAGGUGGAUAUUGAGACAAGCAAAGCGCUAUUCGUAUGGAAUCCUUUGGACCAUGUACCGAUCAGUGCUACUCACGAGUCAUGGCAGCACGAUGCUCGCCUUCACAGCGAAGCCUCAAGCGACAAAGUCCUAUACACAGUCUUCAACGAUUACAAUGGUGACUUCUCGACCAAGAACCCAUCCACAGGCAUCACUCUGAUCCUCGAUAUGCCAGCCAACAACAGCAAGAAAUCACUCCAGCCCUACGCCUACAUUCUUGACCCUGCUCAGCCGCUCCCAGCACUAGCAGAAGGCUCCUACCAGCUUAUCCACAAUGACACCGCUUUCCUUGGCUACGGUGUCUUUCCAAUCGUCAAGGAGUUUAAUUUGAGAUCUGGAAGUUCGUCUAAUCUCAAGUAUACUGCUCAUUUCGCGUACGAGAACUAUACCGCCUCAUCCUACCGAUCCUUCAAGUUCGACUGGCACGCUACACCUUGUGCACCAAUUGAUCUGGUCAUCGCUGCCGUGGGCGCCAAUGCAACUACCGGUGGAAAUUAUACUGCUCCAGGCUAUGGCAGCGGCAGCUUUUCAGGCUCAUACGAAAAGACUGGCUAUGUUAGCUGGAAAGGCGCUACCGAUGUCACGACUUAUGGCAUUUUCGCUCAAUCGAACGGAAGUGGCGAUUGUGUGGAUACUGGGUACUUCUUCGACAAGAAAGGCUUCGAGACUGCUUUCGAGAUAUCGACUGGCCUGCCGUCUAUUCAGAUUGUUGCAUUCGAUGGAUCCAAGGAGCUUGUAAGGUCUUCGACCACAGCGGUCUAG